AGGAGGGGCCCGCCACCCUGCGCCGCUCCGCACACCAUGUCGCCGGCCCUCGCGGGGGAAGUGCCGCUGCCGAAGAUGGACCGGCGCAGCCGCUGAAGCCGCCGCUCCCGUCGCGAGUCCGGAGCAGCUCGCCUCGCGUCCCCUCCCCGCACCGCCGCCUUCGCUCUCUCGCUCGCAAUGGAGGGACUCCGCCUGGGCACGGCUCUGCAGCCCAGAGCGCCUGGCGGCAGCGGGUAGGCGGGCGGCGAGCGACAGGGCAAGCCUGCGGGCGCGCCCGGGAACCUCGAGCCCCGCGCUGGCUGCGGCGGCGGCAGCUACGCGAGCACCUGGGCUGGAGUGAGCUGGAAGCCGCCCGCCCGGUCCCGCCGCCUCGUCGCGACCGCGGAUGGACCUUGCAAAGGAGGCUUCCUUGUCCCGUCGCCGGAGCUGCCGGCCUGGCCGCCCCUCUUCCCCGCCGCCCCGCCUGGCUGCCGAGCUCUGCCGCGGAGGAUUCUGCGGCGGUCCGGGCUUUGGGCAUUCUCGGUUGGAUUACUUGGCUGCGAGGGUCGACUUGGCUUCCUGAUUCGCUCCCCCUCCUCCGUCCCCCCUGCCCAACAAUGGAGAAGUCCAUGGUAGCCUCAGCCCAAGGUGGAGCUUGGUGGACGCUGGGCAUGGCAAUGAGGACCAAGUCCUUCUUCUUGGGUCUGGCCAUCUUCUCUUCGCUUCUCCAAGUGGCGAUAGAAGCCAGCUCUUGGUGGUCUCUGGGUAUGAACCACAUGAAUCCUAUGAACCCUGUUCAGAUGCCAGAGGUCUACAUAAUCGGAGCCCAGCCAUUGUGCAGCCAGCUGGCAGGGCUUUCUCAAGGACAGAAGAAACUCUGCCACUUGUACCAAGACCACAUGCAAUACAUUGGAGAGGGAGCAAAGACGGGGAUUAAGGAAUGCCAGUAUCAGUUCCGCCACAGAAGAUGGAAUUGUAGCACUGUGGAUAAUAACUCUGUUUUUGGCAGAGUCAUGCAGAUAGGCAGCAGGGAGACUGCCUUCACUUAUGCUGUCAGUGCUGCUGGAGUGGUAAAUGCAAUGAGCCGGGCCUGCCGAGAGGGGGAGCUCUCUUCCUGUGGUUGCAGCAGGGCUGCCCGACCGAAAGAUUUACCUCGGGACUGGCUGUGGGGUGGCUGUGGGGACAACAUUGACUAUGGCUAUCGCUUUGCCAAGGAAUUUGUGGAUGCCCGUGAGCGAGAGAGAAUAUAUCAGAAAGGAUCUUACGAGAGUUCUAGGAUCUUGAUGAACCUACAUAACAAUGAGGCAGGGAGAAGAACGGUGUAUAGCUUGGCAGACGUGGCCUGUAAAUGUCACGGUGUGUCUGGAUCCUGCAGUUUGAAGACCUGUUGGCUACAGCUGGCUGACUUCCGCAAAGUUGGUGAUGCGCUGAAGGAGAAAUAUGAUAGUGCAGCAGCUAUGAAACUCAACACCCGGGGCAAGCUGGUGCAGGUGAACAGCCGCUUCAAUCCACCAACCAUCCAUGACCUUGUGUACAUUGAUCACAGCCCUGACUACUGCGUGCGCAAUGAGAGCACUGGCUCCCUGGGCACGCAGGGCCGGCUCUGCAAUAAGACUUCAGAAGGCAUGGAUGGCUGUGAACUCAUGUGCUGCGGGCGCGGCUAUGAUCAGUUCAAGACAGUGCAGACAGAACGCUGCCACUGCAAGUUCCAUUGGUGCUGCUAUGUGAAAUGCAAGAAGUGCACAGAAAUUGUGGACCAGUUUGUCUGCAAAUAGGUGGGAAUGGGUGGGAAGAGCUCUUCCAGUCUACCAGCAGCGGUCAAUGUCCCAAGAUUAUUUCCACUCUUAUUUAUAGAGCCUAAUGGGUUGCUUUCCUUGUUUAUAUAUUAAAAAAAAUCUUUUUACAAAGAGAAGUGAUGGGAAAUGUUGCUGCACCCGGCUCAGACUGUGCAUAGUUUUAUAUUUUUUGAAACAAUGGGGGAGAACCUGAGAGAAUAUUUAUUUUACACAACCAGAAUUAAAACUUAAAAAAAAAUAGAUUAGUUAAAGGGAAAUUCAACCUAUCCUCAUAUAAUCUCAUGAAUAACACAGUACAUAUGCAGUAGAUAAGGUGGGAUCAGAACAUGGUCCAUAUGGGCUCAGUGACAUACAAAUCUGUACAUGAUGUUUCUUCUUAGCGUUUGUGACCAAAAGUAUGGAAAUGGUCAGAUGCAACACUGAGUGGUGUGUCCACAAGGCUUAGCACGGAAGCUGCCUCAGCACUGGUCAUGUGGCAACAAGAAUAAAUGGAUUGCAUAAAUUUUCACCUGAACUACUAGGUGAUAUUCAAAGGCCCAUCAACUUAAUGUGGUGUUUUGCAUUUACAUUUGACAUUCCUGUGAUAAUGCAUUACAUGAAUAGAACUGCACAUGACAGUAAUUUCCAGCUCACUUGUUGGCACCAUACACAUAAUGCACUUUCUCAGAAGUUGCAGGGGACAGAAGGAAACAUAUUUGGGGAAUGGGAUAAGGCCAAUUCUUGCUUCCAACAACUAGCAAAACCAGUGGGCAGAACAUGCGCCUUUGACUUCACAGUAUAGAUCAAAGCAGACUUUGGAACAUUUCCACUUGGAGUAGAAUGUGCCCAUCUCAUGCACAUUUAGAACGCCUUUACUGCCUUACAAAGAAUAUCAAAGAGUUAGCUGAGGAAUUUUCUGCACAGUGUGGACUAGUUGACGGCACUGGAGUGGAAACUGCUGCACUAUUGUGCUCAAAAAGUCCUUUAAAAAAACAAACAAACCCGAGUUGUCUUCAUUUGAAAACAUUUUUCCCCUUUUCUAAAAAGUGGUGUGAGUACUUGGAUCCCUUUUGAAACAUGAGCUGAGUGACAGCAUUGUGGAAUUUUGGAAACUUUGAGUUGAUGAUGCAAUACUUUGAGGUUUUAACAAGUGGUUCAAUGCAGCGUUGCAGCAACGGCCUCUUCAUCAUCCUCUGUUCUUUAGAAAAAACUGCACAGUGCUUUAGAAAUAUAUUGCGGCUAUGCACAAACUGCUUAGACUAUACAUGAGCAGUUUACUUAUAUACGGGAAAACUAUGGUCUGCUGGUGUCUGGUAUGUCAAACCCUUUUUAUACAUAUAUGUUGUCAGUACAAACCAAUGAUUUUUUAAAAAAAAUAUAAACCUGUUCAAGUUACCAGAAGAAUUUCUUUGUUUAGACUAAGCAUAUUAUUGCCGUCUACCCACAAAGCUCUUUUUACUAUCUAAUGAGUCACGUAAAGAGCAAUCCUAAGCAAGUCCAAUCAGAAUUCUAUUCAAGGCUAUUUGUGGGACUUACUCCUAACAAAGUCUUCUUAGGCUGACGCUGUUAAGGGUUUUUCUUUAGGUUCGAUUCCAGCCUCUCUUUGCAAAGUGUCAUAGCACAGAGAUAUUGAAAAGUCAGUCUGUCACAAAUUAACUUCAGUUUUUGUCAGAAGGCUGAGAGGAAUCAUAUGAUCCUAGUUAUUAAAGCUUCUGCUGUAUAAACCUUCCAGUAUGAGUUGUGUAUUUGGCCAGCUGGUACAGGAUCAUAAUGCGUCACUUUACAAUUGCUAACAAUCUUCCUUCUUACUUUUCCCACAAGGGCAUUAUUGCUGAUAAUGGAAACAGAUGUAUGAAGGUUUCCCACGCAAAUGGUGGCCCAAUUUCCCCGUCAAAGGAAGAAUGAAUAUAUUUGUUUUCCCACUUGCCACAAACUCAUUGUCUUUUUUCAUUGCUUCCAGCAGCACUCCCCAAACUCAUUCUGCUCAAUAAAUGAAGCAGGUUGGAGUGUAUGCCUGGCUUCCACCAUAGAAUUACAGUACUAGAAGCUUUAAUUUCUCACAAGCCUACAAGCUGCCACGUUAAUCCCAUCACAAUGAUCAUUUUUUAGAUGAUGAUGGCUAUUAAUUUAUUGUGCAAAGAAAUAUUUACCUCUAUGGUUCCUGGUGUUUGCAAAUCAAUGUCAACAUUUUUUUAAAAAAUAAAGCACUAGUUCAUUGAAUAUGUCACUUUUGGUUUUUAUUAUACAAAAACCGUGAUCCUUUUGAAUACAUCGUAUCACCUACUUUUCAUAAGAGCUACUCUCUGUGAGCAGAGGGAAGGCUAAUGAUCCUAGCUAUUAAAAUACUAUUUAAUGUAAAAUAUUUCACUUGUGUUCAUCAGAUAUUAUGUAAAUCUACUAUGUCCUCUUCUUUGUUCUGUACAUUUAAUGUACAUAUUUCCAUCUUGUGUGAUUUGUAUAUUUCACUGGUUUUUUUAAAAAGGGCUUAUGCCAUAAUGGAAGAUAGAUUAUAAAAAUAAAAUGUUGGUUAUAUA